AUGCAGUCAAGACGAGCACCAUUAUCGCUGAACGUACUAAUUGUCGGUGCAGGUAUUGGCGGGCUCUCCAUAGGAUUCCUUCUCGGACGCGCCGGACACAAUGUCACCAUUCUCGAGGCCGCCUCUGAACUCGGGGAGGUUGGUGCUGGUAUCCAGGUGACUCCGAAUAUGACCAGACUCCUCAUCCGAUGGGGUGCUGGGGAACGAUUGAAAGCGGUCGCUGUUGUUCCUCAAAUGCUCAAUCUGCGCAGAUAUAGCGAUGGAGAAAUGGUCGGGUGGAAAUUGUGGGGAGAUAACUUGGAGAGGGAUCAUGGCGCGCCUUACUAUCACAUCCACCGCGCCGACCUUCAACGGAUCUUGCUGGAUCUCGCUAAGCCAUUCGUGAACAUCCGUCUAAACAGCAAAGUUCAAAGGGUCGACCCAUCCCUGCCCACUGUAACCCUCGAAUCUGGAGAGACAUUGAAAGCAGACCUAAUCAUCGGUGCUGACGGCUUGAACAGCCGGCUGCGCGACAUCGUCGUCGGUCAUCCCGAUAAACCUACACCAACGGGCGACGCGACAUAUCGAGCUCUCAUCCCUACCGGCCCUAUGAUAAAGGAUUCGGACCUGAGGCAGCUCUUGGACGAAAGUAGCGUUAAUGUGUGGAUGGGACCUGGAAGACAUAUCGUCAGUUAUUGUGUCCGAAACAAGAAUGAAUACAAUCUCGUCAUGAUCCACCCUUGCAAAGGUACCAACGAGACAGCCAGGCCCGUGGAUACCGCCAUUAUGAGAUCGGAUUUCACGGGUUUUGAGCCUCGAGUCCAGAAGAUGCUUUCCCUAGUCCCAUCAACUCUCGUCUGGUCCUUAAUGGACCGAGAGCCGCUGGACACAUGGAUUCACAGUGACGGAAAAGUAUGCUUGUUAGGAGAUGCGUGCCACCCUAUGCUCCCUUACAGAGCCCAAGGAUCCGCAAUGGCAGUAGAAGACGCAGCCGUCCUCGGAAACCUCCUCUCCCGCAUCUCCAGCCCAAAUGAACUAACGCCCCUCCUACGCGCGUACCAAUUUAUCCGACACCCAAGAGCCAGCGCAACGCAGAUGGAUUCGAGGAUGAACCAACAUAUUUUUCAUCUACCUGAUGGACCACAGCAAGAGGCGAGGGACGCGUCGAUGCGUGCGGCUAUGGAGGAAGCGAGGAAGGAGGCCCGACUUGGAGCGGAUGAGGAUGCUGAUGGGUGUGUGGGGAGCGCGAACCUUUGGGGUGAUAGGAAUAGGAAUAUGCUGGCUUUUGAUUAUGAUGCGGAUAAGGCUGUUGAGGAGUGGUUGAAGACGAACGAGCUUGGGGAGUCGAUACUUUGA